AUGCGCUCAAUCAUCAUCUACUGCGCCGUCGCAGCUCAUCUCUGCACGACCUCACUGUCUUCCACGAUUCCCACCAACUCCGAAUCCGUAAUACGCCUACCCAUCCAUGACGACGAGAACCAUUCCAACACCGCCGAUACCUUCUCCGAUAUCUUCCAUGCCGCUCCCCGGGAAUCACGCAAUUCAUGGUCAAAAAUUCGCAAUAAGAUUGUUGUAAAGAUAUUCGGCAGUGGACAGAGACAUCAUGGAGUACGGAGCCACCCACAUUACUCUUCCGGGUCUUCUUCUUCGGGUGCUCAAAAGCCGUUAGGAGAUACACCGGCCAAGGCACCGUACUCGAGGUAUCAGAAUGAAGUUGUCUUGAGGUUUAAUAUCACGACGACAGACGAAGCCGCAGCACUAGCUGAAGCGGCCGAGAUUUUGUUCUUAGACGUUUGGAGUGCUACGAAGGAUCAUGCGGAUAUUAGAGUUGAUAAGGACGUUGUCGAAUCACUUCUUGGUCUUCUACCGGAAUCCCUUCAGUCUUCACAUGCAAGACUUAUGCAUGAUCUUGCCGCUACUGUCCGAGAAACAUUCCCGGGGUCAUCUGAAGGGCCUUCAAACCCGCUUUCGGCUCACUCCUUGUCGCAAUAUUCCGGUCCGUAUCGACCGGCACAGUCGGAACAUUUCUUUUCGAAUUACCAACCAAUAUCAGUUAUUAAUCCUUGGAUGAAGCUACUUCGUUCGCUAUUUCCCGACCACGUAGAACUUUUUUCCAUCGGACAGACGUAUGAAGGACGUGAAAUAAAGGGACUUAAAAUCUCAAAAACGGGAGAACCGAGCUCGGGCAAACGAAAGGCUAUCGUUAUUACCGGUGCCUCUCAUGCUAGAGAAUGGAUUUCGGUGUCUACUGUUUGUUAUCUUGCACAUGCUUUUAUCACAGGAUAUAGACCUCGACCUUUUAACAAGGAGAAUGCGGAGGCAGAUUUGGGGGAUCGAGAGAUUACAAGACUUGUUGAGAACUUUGAUUGGUAUUUUAUCCCGACAUUAAAUGUUGAUGGAUACGUAUAUACGUGGACGGAGGAUAGACUAUGGAGGAAGAAUAGACAGCCAACAAGUCUGGGUUUCUGCAAGGGGAUUGAGUUGGACAGGAGUUAUUCGUUCAAAUGGGGUGGACAGAGCCAGAAUAAUCCUUGCAGUGAGAACUACCCUGGAGAGAAGGAAUUCGAGGCUCUCGAGUCAAAAAAUUUUGCGGCGUGGGCACAGAAUCUCACAACUGAGGGGAACACACGUAUCAUGGGCUUCUUAGAUUUACACUCCUAUUCCCAGCAGAUUCUUUACCCAUAUUCCUAUUCUUGCACCCAGCGUCCACCAGACCUCGAGAACCUCGAAGAACUUGCAGAGGUUCUAGCAAAGGGUAUUCGUAUCCGUCACGGCGAACACUAUGAAGUUUCAUCAGCAUGCCAAGGCGGCGGACAGUUCGCACAAUCCGAUAAGGACCAGAAGAAAGACGCCAAGAAGGCGAAGAGGUCUCAAAAAUCCAGCGGAGAUGAUUUCAUGCUCACAGAAACAGGCGGCGGCGGGUCUGCUCUCGAUUAUUUCUAUAGGGAAAUUGGGGUUUCAUAUUCUUACCAGAUCAAGUUGAGGGAUCAGGGAAGCUAUGGGUUCUUGUUGCCAAAGGAGAGCAUCAAGCCAACUGGACAGGAGAUCGAAAGUAUGGUGAAGAGCUUGGGUAACUUCUUGAUUGGUGAUGACAAGUUGUAA